AGGAAACCAUGCGAAAUCACCGUUCCCUUCGUCUCCAACUGUUGAUCCGUACGCUAUUUACGGUCGGUUUAGUCACUCUUAUUAUGAUCGAUGCGUUUGUAUUACAAAACAACAACGAGACCGACAAAACAAAAGAGAUUACUACAGCUGCGACAAUGAACAACUCUGAUUCAAAUGCGGCGUCCUUUAUACACGCCAAGGAAAUACAACAAGAACAUGACGAAGAUAGAUCAAGACACGGCGAUCUUAGCUACGUUGUCAGCAAAAGAAAAGUGCCUCGUGGACCCGAUCCUAUACACAACAGGUUCUUUUUACUAACCUCUU